AUGCCUCCUCGUCGUCGGCCCCGCUUAGAUCAUCAGCCAGACCAAGACGAUGGCCGCGGGCCCCCUAGCUCAGCACACUUCAGCGUAGAAAGCAAAGCAAGCGCCUCGUCGCCUCCCGAAGAUCCCGCACGAGCCCGUAGCAAGUCAAAGACGGUCGAAGAAGAGGAAAUUGAAGAGUCCAACGAGGACGAGGACGAAGAGGUCCAAGAUGCAAUCGGCCUGUGCACCUUCAAGUACCACCUGGGAUCCAAUUACAGAGUAGAUCUCCUCAGGACUACAGGCUACACCACGCGACUGUUCCACUCCAGUAGCUACGAAGAUGUCAUCAGAGUCCUCCAGAAGUGGUACCCGGAUGAAGAGCUGACCGAGGAGGCCGUGCCCCUGGCCGAAAGGCCUCCUGAGGCUUCCGGCAGUCAGCCGCCCUCUACGGCAGCACUCGUCGCUAAUACACUUCUGAACACGCCCAUCAAGCAGGAAAACUCUUCAGCCUCGUCUUCUAGCAAGACAGUACCCAGUCCUGCCCGCAAGCGCAAGUCGAAGCUUGAUCCUUUCUACCUGGAGGCUGAGCUGAUCGGAGGCGGCAAGCAGAGCGAAGCCGUCGGCGUAGGACGUCUGGCCAUCAUCGCUUACGCCCCCAAGGAUGUAGCUCAGCGUCUCAACAACGAGUAUAGGGCUGCUAAAGGCCCCGACUCAAAGGCCAUCUCCCCGGAUACUGUGCUCAACCUCGGCUACCUGGACUUGGCUUCCCCUCGCGACAAAGACCAUCCUCUGAGAAACUUCAGCCCUUGCCUUAUAGACCAGGAAUGGAUCAUUCCGCGCAAUGCAUACAUCAUUCUUCAACGACCCUUCUUCUCUGACAGACAACUCUCACGUGGUUCCUCACACUGGCGUUCUCAGGACGCAUACUUCGUCGACAACAAAGGCAGAAAGGUUUGGCACCUCAUGGCGACGCUGUCAGUAGACUUUGUCCUUCCUACAAAGAUGCUAGAGUAUGGUCAAGUACCAGAGGAGGGAGGCAUCGUCGCCAAGGCAAGACCAGGGGCAGGACGAUUGAGGCGGUUCAUUGCAGGCAUUCUGAACUCGUCCCCCAACGACGUUCACGACGGCUGUUGUGCUCACAUCGAGAUCGACAGGAGCUACGCCACCGAAGACUGGUGGCGACCAAGACGUUAUGGGAAAGCAAGUCAGCUGUUUUACACACUGCCCGAGCGUCAGCUCAGUUUACCGCUGCGCACAGUCGCCGACCUUAGGCCGCCGCCUCCUAGGCCUAAGAUGAAGUCGACCAAGGCUGAAGAAGCGAUACUGGAGAAGCCACAGCCUGCCAAGUCUGGGAGGAAGUCCAUAGAGGAGGUAUUACCCACUGAUCCAAUCGAGCGCGAGCAUUACCUGCCACUGUCCGUGACCAUCAACUCGCUGAUGCGUGCCUGCCGACCUUCCGAGGAGGUUCCCACAGUAGAACCCCCCAAGGACAUUGUUGCUACGCCUCUCUACAAGUUUCAGCAGCAAGCUCUGGCCUGGAUGAUCGCACGAGAGACAUCAGUCGACGAAGACAUUGGCAUGCCCAUGCCCCACUGGCUUCGCAUCAAGACCAGGGGCAUCGAGCUGUGUUCUUGCAUCGAACAGUAUUCCUUCGCCAUGAAGAAAAUUGGAGAAAGCUUCGAAGGAGCUCCACCGCCGUCGAAGAAAGCGCGGCGAGGCAGCAAGCGUUCGGCUGCUGGCCCAUCCCAGCAGCAUCUUCGUAUGAGCGAGCAAAAGGCGAAAACAGACGCAAGGAUCGAGGAAGAAAGGUCUCCUCGACACUUCUAUAUCGAUGUGGUCACAGGCAUGCUCAGCCGAACAGAGUUCUGUUUCUCCAGUCCGAACACUCCUGGUGGUAUACUAGCCGAUGAGCUUGGUCUUGGAAAGACGUUGGAAAUUCUGUCUCUCGUUGCUGCGCACCAAAGGCCUGACUGCUUCGAAGAUUACUCGCUCAGUGCCCGUAUCAUUGCUGAGAAGGCUCCGGAAGACAGGCCCGUCACUUCGGUUGCCACUCUCAUCAUUGCUCCCCAGGCGCUCUUGCCACAGUGGAUUCAGGAAUGUCAGCGACAUCUGCCCACCUCUCCCAUCCUCCUGUACGAGCCCACUUGGAAGGAGACUGACCCUCAAGGGGUCACCGUUGCAGAAAUGGUGAGGAAACUAGAGGGAAUCCUCAUUGUCUUCGUGAGCUACGAAGACCUCUCAAGAGACUACUCGCGCAGUACGUGCGCAAAAUACGACAAUAGAAUCGAUCGAUCUAUUUCUCCUCUCUUGGAGGUGUUCUGGUGGAGAAUCGUGGCGGACGAAUCUCAGCUGUUUGCCGCCAAGGCAGCCAGCUCACCUUUGGCAAAGAUGUGCAACGCGCUUUGGCGAUCGAAUUCGUGGUUGUGCAGCUCUACGCCUCUGAACCAGCCCAAAGAUCUCAGUGCCAUCUGUACCUACCUUGACAUAGACCUCUUCAAGGCUCGUGCCGUCUUUGCUGAGCUGAUCGAAGCUGCAUUCUACCGAGGCGAUGCCGAGUCGGUUCGCCGUCUCCGCGGUCUUUGCGCCAAGAUCAUGUGGCGACACGAGCGCGCUGACGUCGACGCGCAAAUCGUUCUGCCAAUGCAUGAGGAGCUGGAGAUUAAGGUGAAGGCGACUGGGCUCGAGCAGAGCAUUCGCGAGAGGCAGUACACGAAGACGAGGGACACGAUUGCCAGGGCUCUAACCAACGAUCGGAAGCUGACAGACCCUGAGCUGGUCAUGAAUCUGAGGAAGCUGAUCUCACAUCCCUCCAUUGCUCCUGACCUUGGCUACUCCAACAUUGCGAGCUUCGAAAGCAUCUUCAGACGGCUGGCUCGCAAGACUCAGGACGAGCUCAAUGCUUGCAAAAUCAUGUAUGCUGUCCAGGCUCUCGUCUCAAAUGCGAUGCGGAAGGCUUACGUCGACAAGGACAUGGACACUGACUCCUGGGGAGACAACACGUAUUGGCUCGAGGAAGGUCGCCACUUCAGCAAGGAUGGUGUCGACAUGCUCCUGCUACAGUCUGCCAAGUUCUGCGAAGACGCCAUUGAAACCGAUACCGUCCUCAGUGGUGAGACACUAAGUUCAGGAACCGAGCGUCAGACAGCGUUGCGCAUCCCCGAAGCACUUUACUGGAUCAAAUUCGCCCUCGGAGAACCUGCCAGGCCCGUUGCCUAUCUCGACCCAGAUCGCGUCACCAAUUUGACUUUCCGCAAGAAAUUCGUGCAGGCAAGGGACGUGCCUGCCAGAAAGCAGAAAUAUUACCAUCCAGUCGCCCGAGACGUAGGCACCGUCGAGGAUCCCGCUUGGCUUGAGAAGAUCGUAGGCACAGGCAAAGAAUCGCAAGAAGCUGCGCUCAAGGCCAUCAAAGGUCAAGGUGAGGGCACCGAGCCUGUCUUCGUUAACAGGCUUCGAGGAGGCAAGGAUGGCGUCCGUGCAGAAGAGCAGAUGUGGACCUGGAUACCUAGACGAACCUUCGCAGCUAUCCACAGCAAGGUCAUGAGCAUACAAGUGCAGAUGACGAAGCUUCAUGCCGAGCUCAGGUGGAACCGAAAUCGACUAGCAGAGGUGCUCGGGCCAGAGAGCAAGGAGAAAGACAAAGACGAAGAAGGUGACGACGGCGAAGCUAGCGACGAUCCUGAUGAGGGCGGACAUUGCCCAAUCUGCCUCGAAGAGCCUGUCAUUGCAGGUGUACUUCCUUGCUUGCAUUCAGCAUGCUACCCAUGUCUCGUCGAGAUGUCGCGCAAGAACACCAACGAAUGUCCCACCUGUCGCCGCCCCUACAAGGGCGUAGACGACAUCACACAGGCAGUCAAGGGCACGAAUCAGGACAAUACUGAUCUCCGCGCUCUCGAUUACGGAUCCAAGAUCAACUGCAUCGCAUCCGAGGUCAAGACCCGGCUGGCAAAGGAUCCCACGACCAAGGUUGUCAUCUUCUCCCUGUUCAGCAAGAUGUUGAACAGAGUCUACCAGAGCUUGACCGCUAUUGGACUGCAGUGUGCUGUCUUCGCGGGCCCCUCGACUGCUCAGCAGGAGGCUCUGACCAAUUUCAGAGAUGAGACUGGUCCUCCUGUCUUGCUUUGCCCUAUGAAGAUGAGCGAAGGAGCGGCUGGCUUGACGCUCAACUUUGCCAAUGUCGCCAUCAUUGUCGAGCCAGUCCUCAACGAAGCGCUCAUGACGCAAGCCAUCGGUCGUAUCAACCGUAUCGGUCAGACACGCCCCACUACGACGCUCAAGAUGGUCGCGGAAGACACUAUUGAGGAGCGCAUCGUCCAGCUAGCCAAGAGACGAGCUGCAAGCGAGAGACCAGUAGCGAAUGCUGAGGCAGACACCCUCACCAAAGAUGAGCUGGCCUGGCUCUUCGAUAUUGAUGUGGAACAGGAAAGACAAGCACAGUUCAGGUUCAGACCGGCAGCCCCGCAGCUGAACCUCGACGAUGUACCGCGACUCGAUAACGGAAAUCCUGAUGCUCCCGUCCGUGUCGGUGAGCGAGGGCUCCAACGCCUCGCGGAUGCAGGCAUUUUCGGAGACGGCGCCCCGGACCUGGACAUGGACGACCCUUUCGUUGAAGGCGAAGACGACGAUGGGCAUCUCCUCCUCAUCGACGACCACUUUGAUGCCCUCGCUUUUGAUAAUCUAGACGACGAACAUGACGACGACAGCGAAGACGAUAGCGAGGAUGAGGGGUAUGACGUUGAGAAUUUGGCCGACCUUCCUGGCGAUGGUGGCUACUUCGAUCGCCGCGAGUAGAAGGUCCUCGGGAAGCUGUCAAUAAAAGGAGCGGCUCUCGCAGAGGAAAAACGAGACCAAGCCUUUUCAAAGGCUCGAACAAUAAGGAAGAUGAAUACGACACUACACGUUACGCUACGCUACGCUACGAUACGACGACGGCAAACAGACCAGACGACAGAGCGAGAGGCUCCACUAUCCGUUCCCACUUCUUGUUAGAAUCUUGUA